AUGAUAAAAUCCCAUGCCAUCCUACUCCAUCCUGCCCAGGAUGUGACUCAUCCCUUUGUCCAGCACAUCUACAGGGUCCACAACACACCCACUAGACAUGUAGUUGCCGUCUUAAGUUAUCAAAUUGAUAGUCAAGGUACCAGUGCUUAUGCUCGGAUGUUUGCGUGGGUGACCAUUUCCAUUGCCAAGGCAACUACACUGUCACUGGUCAUUCAGACACUGACGCCGGUAGAGGUGUUCCACUGCAUCACGAAUCGACAUUCUCCUCUGUUUCUCAAACAAAUUCAACCAGAGGGCAUUGGCAGUAUCUGUUGCAUGGGGCAAGGUUUCAAAUCUUGGAGUCCUAGAUCAUCAGAAGCUUUGGAGAGCAAAGGAAAGAAGGAAUGGAAACAACCAUGGUUGCCCAGCAAAUUCAGGCAUGGAGCCCAUGACAGUGCCCUGCAGCCACUUGUUCUGCAUUCCCCACCAACCACCAUGGCAGGUGGUAGACCCCAGCCUUCUGCUACCCUGGAGUACCUCAUUGACAUCCGGGGCCCUGACUACGUUCUUUUUGCCUCCAACCGGAUGGUUGCCAGCAAUAUUGUCCAGAUGAAGGAUGAUAGUGAUAGGAUGUUUCAGAUGAGUGAAAAACUCUUACUCCUGGGUGUUGGAGAGGCUAGAGAUAUUGUGGAGUUUGAAGAAUAUAUUCAGAAAAAUAAAAAUGUACAACUUUAUAAGAUGCAAAAUAGACAUGAGUUGUCUCAGACAGAAGCAGCUAAUUUCACAUGCCAAAACCUGGGUCUUUGGAGUUGGACCCCAUAUCAUGUGAACCCGCCUGGCUAUGAUGAACAUGAGGGGCCAGCACUCUACUACAUGAACUACCUGGCUGCCUUGGCCAAAGUCCCUUUUGCAGCCCAUGGUUACAGUGCCUUCCUGACUCUCAGUAUCUUGGACCAGUACUAUACACCAACUGUCUCACAUGAGAGGGCAGUAGAGCUUCUUAGAAAAUGUCUGGAGGGGCUCCAGAAGUACCUCAUCUUGAAUCUGCCGACCUUCAGUGUUCGAAUCAUUAACAAAAACAGCAUCCAUGACCUGGAUAACAUUUUCUUCCUUAAACAUGACUGCUAA